UUUGGAGUCAAGGGGCAUCUGAGUCUCUAGUUUUAGUCCAGUCUGUCCAGACAGCUCGGGAUUGAAGUCAACCAAACUCCGACCUCAUUUCUGCCAACUCCAAAAUCCAAUUCUUCUCCAUUUCUCGUUUUUGCUUCAUUUGGUAAUAUAUGUCUGUCUCUACUAACUAACUGAGCCACAAUUCACAAUCCGUGAUCACAGCUUGCUUAUCCAUUUUCUAAAUUUUAUGGGUAAAGGAGGUGGCUGCGUGCCAAGCAAGAACAAGCCACCCAAAGGCGUUUCCGAUCAAGAUCUUCCGAACCCAGAAAGCGAUGGCCCUGUUUCAGACCAGAACCUAUCCCAAAUCACACCAGAACAAAACCCAAUUGAUAUUGGGGUCCCACCACAAGAACAGCAAGCACAAAGGAAGCUGAAGGUUUUCAUAGUGUUUUACUCAAUGUAUGGGCACGUGGAGAUUUUGGCCAGGAGGAUUAAAAAAGGGGUUGAUUCCAUUGAUGGGGUUGAAGGGUUUCUGUUCCGGGUUCCGGAGACGCUGUCUCCGGAAGUUUUGGAGCAGAUGAAGGUGCCCAAGAAGAAAGAUGGUAACGCAGAUGAGGUUCCUGUGAUAUUACCUGAGAGGUUGGCGGAGGCUGAUGGGCUGUUAUUCGGGUUUCCGACCCGGUAUGGGUCCAUGGCUGCGCAGAUGAAGGCGUUUUUCGACUCCACCGGACAGUUGUGGAGGGAGCAGAGGCUUGCUGGUGUGCCAGCUGGCUUCUUUGUCAGUACUGGCACUCAGGGUGGAGGACAAGAAACCACGGCUUGGACGGCAAUAACUCAGUUAGCUCACCAUGGAAUGGUCUAUGUUCCUAUCGGUUACACAUUCGGUGCUGGAAUGUUCGAAAUGGACUCCCUUAGAGGAGGGUCUCCAUAUGGUGCUGGUGUCUUUUCUGGUGAUGGCACCAGGAAACCAAGUGAAACGGAGCUGGAUCUUGCAGAGCAUCAUGGAAAAUACAUGGCUGGAAUAGUGCAGAGAUUUGCACAGCCUUCUCUUCAUCGGCCAGGUCAUGGACUGGACUAGUUCUGAUUAACCGACAUUCUUGUGCAUUUGCAUACAUUGUUUGUGAAGGGAUCUUCUGAUACGGGUGUUAAUAGAAAUUCGAUUUUUGGUAAAUGGUGUUGAUAAUGUUUAGAUAGCUGAGAGAUUUGUGCUUUCAAAAAUUGUAUAAUCAGUAGUUCUCAUGGUUGAUGGUUGAUGGUUGAUGGUUCAUUGAAACAUUAUGAUCGUCAAUAAAAUUGUGGUUCGUGUUCUUGUUUACAAAGA